CCCAAGUGGAGAAUUUAUCCAAGGAGAAGGCACCGGAGAAGAAUUCACGAAUACUAGGGAAACACCCGCAGCAUCUGACGAACGAAAGGGGAGCCUGUUAUACUCACUUUCUUCUAUGGCCAUGGCGCUGUUGACGCGGCCGAACGCGGCGGCUCUGUGGGUGGGCAGGUGUCGUCUCUUUUGCUGUCGUACUCUCGUUUCUCUGCCAGCAAGACGGGAAGGACAUCAUUUCAGUGCUCUUAUAUUCUCGAAUGUGAAGCUUUCCUCUCGCAUCGGAUUGACGGCUGUUCCUGCUGUAUCUCGUCGGGAAUUCUGCGUCCGUGCGGCAACUGGGGUCAAUGAUUCCGGCUCAGUGGACUCUACUUUGAUCCAGUCCAUGGGGAGGAAGAUCAAGGAACAGCUUAAUGCGGAAUCCGUCAUAGUGAAGGAUUCUUAUGGUGAUGGUCGCCAUGUAAGCAUUGAUGUAAUCUCUACAGCUUUUGAGGGUCAAUCUGCUGUGGGUAGGCAGAGGAUGGUAUACAAAGCUAUAUGGGAAGAACUUCAAAACACAGUGCAUGCAGUUGAUCAGAUGACCACAAGGACUCCUGCAGAAGCAGCAGCAGAGGGAUAAAUUACUGCACACAUUGGCAUAUCGUGUUCCCGUAUUGUCUACAAUCCAACUUUACCGGACUAAUAUCCUCAUCACAGGAAAUAAGUUGGUUAAAGAAAGUUGUUUAGUCUCUAGACGCACAUUUGAACAAUGGUAUCUGCUUCAUGUUUUUACUCUAUUCAUUGAUUUAGCCUUCAUGUUAGUCCUGCUGUUCUUCCCUUUCCUACGUCUACCUGGAUUGGUGGGAGCAUCAAGGAUGCCUGAGGGGCUGCGGCACUAAUGUUAAGUUCGGUUUGAAAAGUAUGGCUUAGAUAUUGGUAAAUGCUUUAAAUCA